UAUUGUUCCUUUAAUUCUGAAGAAGUACAGUGUGGGGGUAAGGAACUGUCACAGCUGAGCAGACCUCCAUGAUGGAUACUUGCGCCACCAAGUCACCUGAUUUGAAUGAGACGGAGGCUACCGAGAUAGAGAUCAUCAAGAAGCACAAGACUGGGUUGUUGGAAGACAUUCAGAAGAUAAAUGAUGAGAUUGCUGAAAUAUUGAAAGAGAUCAAUAAUUUCCAGCAAACACAAACAAGCAAAAUGAUCCAGAGGGACAAAGAUCUUUGCACAGGUCGGAAGAAAUUUAAUAUGGAUCCUGCUAAGGGCAUCCGACAUCUGAUUGAAAGCAAAGUCCUGUCAUCAGAUGCACAAGAAAUUGCCAAAUUCCUUUACCAAGGAGAAGGGCUCAGUAAGACAGCCAUCGGAGAAUACUUGGGUCAGAGGGAUGCAAUGAACCUCCAGGUUUUGCAGGCCUUUGUAGAAUGCCACGAAUUUGCUAAUCUCAACCUUGUGCAAGCACUUCGACAGUUCCUGUGGAGCUUCCGUUUGCCUGGGGAGGCACAGAAAAUUGACCGUAUGAUGGAGGCCUUUGCCACCCGGUAUUGUCAGUGCAACCCUGGAGUUUUCCAGUCAACAGACACCUGCUAUAUCCUGUCUUUCUCUGUCAUCAUGCUGAACACCAGUCUGCACAAUCCAAAUGUCAAAGACAAGCCCCCAUUUGAGAGGUUCGUGUCCAUGAACAGAGGCAUCGACGAGGGAGGAGACCUUCACGAAGCCCUCCUCAGGAAUUUGUUCGACAGCAUCAAGAAUGAACCAUUCUCCAUCCCAGAGGAUGACGGAAAUGAUCUUACCCACACCUUCUUCAACCCCAGCCAGGAGGGCUGGCUUCUUAAACUAGGAGGCCGAGUCAAGACCUGGAAACGCCGUUGGUUCAUUUUGACAGAUAACUGCUUGUACUAUUUUGAAUUUACCACGGACAAAGAGCCUCUGGGGAUUAUUCCACUGGAAAAUUUAUCUGUUCGGAGAGUAGAUGACCCAAAGAAACCAAAUUGUUUUGAGCUCUUCCACGCCCACUGCAAAGGGCAGAAGAUCAAAGCCUGCAAGACCGAUGGGGAUGGCAAGGUGGUUGAAGGCAAGCACCAGUCCUACAAGAUCUCUGCAGCAACGCCAGAGGAGCGUGACCGAUGGAUGGAAAUGAUACGCACCAGCAUCACUCAUCACCCCUUCUUUGACCUGGUUGCUGCUCGUAAGAAGAAGAUUGCCAGAAAAAAUUAAACCGCUCUGGCUACCAUGUUGUCACCUAAUGUUUCAACUUCAAGAAAAUUGCUUCCUUGGAGUCUUGCCAGCAGAAGAACUCAAAAUAACCCAACUAACAGUCUGCUAUAGGCAAAUGAGUGGCAGGCUUAUGCAUGGCCUCCUCUUGCCACUCCUGGAGCUGGAAUCUGAAGACCCUGAGACUGCUGAAGAGAUCAUGGCUCUUCUGCAUGUACAGGUAUCAAGUGUCAACAUUUGCCUCCUACAGCACUGGGUUUGGAUGGGUGUAUCCAUCUAUCCCUGAUCUUGGCCAGAGAACCCAGGACAGGGGACGCCUCCACUUCAAAUGACUAGGGAUGCUGUCAAAUUCUUUAUUUAUAUCAACCAAGAAAGACUUGUGUAUAUGGAUUCCUGUCCUGUCCAACUUGUUGCACAAAUCAUGAUGCACCCCAAGUUAUGUAGCAUGUAAUUAAUAAAUCUAGUAGGAAUAGUAGAGUAAAGGACAAAAGUUACCUGGUGGAGCGAAGGGUAAGAGUUCCAGAGUCUGGCCAGUUUAAGCACUUACAUGCUAUUGGCUUACUAAACUUGGCACAUCAUCCAAGACGUAAAGAUGUGACCUGCAAUCAAGGUUACAGUAUUGCUAAGAAUCUUUCAUCAAGAACUUGGCUCUAAAAUAACCAUGCAGCAAAUAGUUAAUUCCUAUAGUUUUCCAGCUGGCUGCCCCAUCAGUGCAGAAGCAGAGUAAAGUUGGAGUAGCGCUGGGAUGAGUUAUGCACUUUUGUCAUCUUUUGAGAGAGUCACUAGUGCAUAAGAUUGAGAGCUGGGCUUUGGAUUGGGAGAUGUGCAUUCAGUUUCAACCUCUGCCAUAGCCAUGGUUUCAGGUAGAGUGCCUCCUUGCACACAUGAGUUCAUCUGUGAAAUGGACGUAAGAUGGGCUGCUUGAUUGAGUUAUUGUGGAAAUGAACUGGAUUGUCAUAAGUAUGACAAAUGCUAAAUAAGCCAGAGUUGGAGCAGGCUUCAUUAGAACCCUGAGCAGGGCCAGAAUGCAGAGUCAUGUGGGCAAACGUAAGAUUUAAGCAACAUGCACAGCCCAGGAAUUCAAGGCCAGGACCAGGACCAAGCUCAUAUAUCCUUUUAUGCAAGAAAUCCAGUCCUGAUUUCUGCCUGCCAACACUGUUUUCUGCAACAUAAUUUAGGAGGGAGAAAAGGAUGUUUAUUUGUAAGUAUUGUUAGAUAAUCAAGAGUUGGAAAUCCUUGCUGAUCUACUGUAAAUCACCAAGAGAUCUAUAGAUGGAUUCCACUUUUCUUUUGUUUGGUGCACUUCAGUGUAAAGAACUUUUUGAAUCACAAGUGCUUUGCAAAUGAUACAUAGACGUUAUUAAAGAAGUUAUUUUAAUGAUUUUAAAGUGAAAAUAUAUGAAGAUACUAUGUCAAAUGUAACAACAGACACAUGGAGGAAAUAGGUGCUUAUUUUUUCUGCACAGUCAAAAAAUAGAGAAAUGCUGAAUUUCUUUUAUAAAAUAUUUAACUUUGAAAUAUCUUUCAAAGUGUUUGCAUUUGCACCUGGGUGGUUGUGGUAGUAGUGUUCCUUUUUAUCAAGACAAACAAAUAAAUACAGUACAAUACAGA